AUGCUCGACGAAGUGUGUAUCUCAUGGGUCCAAGCUAUACCCGUCCAAAUAAUCCGGCCAAUAUGGAGACGACCUGCAUCGAUGAUCGGUACUGGCGGCGUCCUCUCCAUUUCCAUCCUCAGCUUCUCGAGCUGGAUCUUCAGGAAUAGUUCGCGCAACGGGUCCCUCCAAUCGGAUGCAAUGUCUGAAGACGUAACGAUCUGA